UGGCGAAUGUUGAACAGAGUGGCACAGAGUGGGCGAUUUAGUAUUAUUGUUGAAUAGCUUGCAUUUUAGGAGAUCUAAAAUAAAAACAGAUUGCUUAGGUGUUGUGGAUUGUUAAUCGCGGAUCAAGAAAUGGGUUCGAAUAAACGGCACAAAGCCGAGAAGAGUCGGGACGUCAAGAAGAAGCGUCAUCGUAGCCGAUCACGAAGUUACACACCUGAGCGCGAGAAAUCGGAAAAGCACAGACAUCACAAAAAGCAUAGAAGGAAAGAGCGGAAGGAUUAUGACAGCGAUGUCGAGAUAGUUAACGCGCCACCUCCGCCGAAAAUUUCUAAAUCAUUGCAUCCGUCUACACCUCCGCCACCAGAAAUAUCUAAGCAACGUAGUCCAUCUCCAAGCAAAGGUGGAGCUGCACAAACUUCUCUAUCUAUCGAAGAAACAAAUAAGUUGAGAGCAAAACUAGGUUUGAAACCAUUAGAGGUUGAUAGCACUUCGAAGGACGACCCUAAUAAGAUCAAGGAUGACCUGGGGGAAUUUUAUCAUAAACCUGCACCAGAUGUUAAUGAAAAGUUAAAAACACAGAAGUUGAAAGAGAAAAUCAGUACUCAGAAACAGAAGAGACAGAUUGAAGCUAAUUUAGCGAAAGUUAAAAGUUUAGGUGAUUUUGAGUCUGAUGAUGAUACCAAAGCUUGGAUUGAUAAAACUAGACGUUUGGAAGAGGAAAAGAAAAAAGCUGAAGAAAGGGCAAAAAUGUUGGAUCAGUUGGAUGAAGAAUUUGGUAUAGGAAAUUUGGUGAAAGAAGAAAUGCAUAUAGCGCGUAAUACGGCGUACACAGCAAAGAAUUUAAAAGGUCUUAAAGUAGAGCAUAGUCUUGAAAAAUUCGAAGAAGGUAAAGCAGUCAUCUUAACUCUGAAAGACCAGGAAGUACUAAAUGAAGGUGAAGAUGUUCUCGUUAAUGUUAACAUAACUGACGAAGAACGAUAUCAGCGCAAUAUUUUGAACAAGACUAAGAAACCUGGUUAUGACGCUUAUGACGAUGACAACUUCGAUGAGUAUGGCUUUCCGAAGAAAACUGUCUUGGAAAAAUAUGAUGAGGAGAUUGAGGGUGAAAAGAAGGAUAAUUUUGUAUUGGGAAUGAAUAACAAAGAUAUGAAACAAUCGAAACUUGAUUACGUUAAGCAACGUUUAGCAAACAAACGAUUAGAAUCGUUACAGUUAGCAGAGCCAAAGCUAGCUAGUGAAUACUAUAAUGACAAAGAACUUGCGAAAUUCAAAAAACCAAAGAAAAAGGUUCGAAAGAUUAGAAAGAAGCUAAAAGCGGAUGAUCUGAUUACUGAAGAUAACGACUAUCUUCGAGAUCUUGGAAGUAGAAGAAGCAAACGACCCGACGAAGUGAAAGACAAUGACACUUUAGAUGUAGACGACUUAGGAGCUCCUACCGAGGAUCUCAGCGGAAUAAAAUUAGAAGAGGACGAUAAGGAAUUGGAACUACAAUUAGCGCUGAAAAAAGCACAGCGCUCGAAGGAAUCCCAUUUGUCGAAUAUUGAACAAGUCGUUGAAACUUUAAAACAGGAGCCCACGGGUUCUGAGGAAAAUCAGUCCGGGUAUAUUGUCCUAAAUGCUACCGCAGAAUUUUGCAGAACUUUGGGAGACAUUCCUACAUACGGUCUAGCUGGAAACAGAGAGGAGAAUGGCCAGGAACUUAUGGACUUUGAAUUUGACGGGGUCAAGGAAGAACCACCUGCGAAUGAAGAAGAAGAUGACGGUCGUGGCGCAUGGAAUACAGUACAAUUAGAUGAAGGAACGUCAGAACCGGUAGCAAUGGAAGCUGCCAUUCUAGAUGCAGAACCCUCGCUCGGACAUGGCGUUGGCGGAGCUUUAAAGCUUGCGAUGAGCAAAGGUUAUUUGCAAAAAGAAGAUAGCAGUCGACCGUCUGCAUCUCGGUUUGCCCACUUGCAAGCGCAGAAUUACUCGAUAGAGGACAAAACCUACGGAGACGAUGACAAGUUCGGUAGAAGAGAUCGUUUCAACGGACCCACAUCUGAUUUUAAAGAGAAAGAUGGUUUUAAACCGAACGUUAAGCUGGAGUAUAUUGACGACGAUGGACACGUUCUGAGCGCGAAAGAAGCCUUUAGAUAUCUGUCCCACAAGUUCCAUGGGAAAGGUCCAGGAAAAAAUAAGGUUGAAAAACGAAUGAAAAAGGCAGAACAGGAAGUUUUAAUGAAACGGAUGUCCUCUACUGACACGCCUCUGGGUACGCUUAAUUUGCUGCAGGCGAAACAGAAAGAGACUCAAUCACCGUAUAUAGUUCUUAGUGGCAGUAAACAGAUGCAAACGACUAGUAUAUCGAAGUCAAAGCAUUAAAAGCUUUAUCGUUAACUUUAAUGGGAAUUGUAUAUAUAAUAAUA